AUGGUGGCACUUAUGAUAUGGGGAAAGAUCCAUUUUGUGCUUCUUAUCAGUCGACAAGGAAAAGUGAGGCUCACAAAAUGGUAUUCACCAUAUUCUCAAAAGGAGAGAUCCAAGAUAAUUAGAGAGUUAUGUGGAUUAAUUAUCUCUAGAGCUCCGAAACUGUGCAACUUUGUGGAGUGGAAGGGAUUCAAAGUUGUUUAUAAAAGAUAUGCUAGUCUCUACUUCUGCAUUUGCAAUGAUGAAGAAGACAACGAAUUAGAGACAUUGGCCAUUAUUCAUCACUUUGUCGAGACGUUGGAUCGUUAUUUUGGCAGUGUUUGUGAGCUGGAUUUGAUUUUUAAUUUCCAUAAGGCAUAUUUUAUAUUGGACGAAAUUUUGAUAGCGGGAGCCAUGCAGGAGACUAGCAAGAGAACAACUUUGAGACUGAUAGCUGCACAAGAGGAUUUGGUGGAAGUUGCUAAAAUAGAAGCAAGUUCAUUGACCAAUAUAAUCGCCCAGGCUACAAAGUAA